GCAACCUGUUCCAGUUCUGGGUUCUCUAGUUCAAAGAAGAUGGGGAACUGCUGGAGAGAGUGCAGUGAGGGGGCACAGAGAUGAUCAGGGUCUGAAGCAUCUCUGUAUGAGGGAAGGCUGAGAGAUGGGAGGCUGUUCAGCCUGGGGAAGACUGAGAAGGGAUCUUAUCAAUGCUUAUAAAUACCUAAUGGAAAGAUAGAGCCAGGCUCUUUUCACUGGUGCUCAUUGACACAACAAGGGGCACAAAGUGGGAAAGGAAAAUUCCCGUGAGGAAAAACUUCUUUUCUGUGAGCGUGGCAGAGCACUGGAACAGGCUGCUAGAGGUGGGGAAUCUGCUUCUCUGGAGAUGUUUGACACCUGCCUGGAUGCCUGGACCUGCUGCAGAGAAUGGGCUUUAGGCUGGGGCUGGGCUCCAUCUUCCCAGAGCUCCCUUCCAACCCCUACGACUCUGUGACAGUGACAGGACAAGGGGUACGGUUUAAAACCAAAUGACAGAUUCAGAUUUAGGUUAGGAAGAAAUUCUUUACUCAGAGGGCGGUGAGGCCCUGGUGCUGCAAAGAGAUUUUUUAAAUUUAUUUAUCAAAAGCACUCAUAGUCUCCAACGUUUGAUUCUCUCUUGAAGUUCAAGAGAUGCGGGAUGCUUUAGAGGCAUCUUUGGAGAUCUAAGAAUGGAAUCCAAUCUUGCAACGUCUGUGGUGCCCCAUCCCUGGAGAUGCUCGAGGCCAGGUCGGAUCUGCGCAAGCUGAGCUGGUGUGGGGCACGCAGCCCAUUGCAGGGAUGAGGUGUGGAUGUGCCUUAAGGUCCGUCCCGACGCAGCCAUUCAGGCACUGUUAAACUCCCCCACAGACGCGCUUUUCCCGCGCGCGGGCGCAGCCCUCAGCCAUUCCUUCCCCCUCCUCCCCCCCAUCCCCUCACGUCCGCCGCUUCCCGACAUGCACCGCGGCACCGCCGCUCCGCGCCGCUCUCCCCGGGCCCCGCGGCCGCCGCCUCUCCCCCCUCCUCCCUCCGCCGCCGCCAUGCGGCACAGCCUCACCCAACUGCUGGCGGCUUCCUCGGGCGGAGCGAGCCCUUCGGGAGCCGCGUGGCCUCUCGCCGGCGCGGGGCAGGCCCCGAGAGGGCGGGAUGGCGGCGGGGAAGGGGAUCCGGGAGCGGCGAGGCCCAAACAACAGCAACAGGAGAAAGAGGCGGCCGAAGGCCCGCCUGAGGUGUGGGAACAAGAGGACUGGUUCCCCGGGCUGGAGCUGGGAGACCUGCUGGAGGCGGCCAGGCCGGAAUGGGACGCGGGCGCGGAGCUGAGCGGCUGUUUCUGCGGAGAAGCGGGGCGGGGCCGCAGGCGGCGGAGCGGCGGGGCCGGCAGCAGGCUGAAGGCGGCGGCGGCGGCGCGGCUGAACCGGCUGAAGAAGAAGCAGUACGUGCUGGGGCUGGAGAGCCGCCUGCAGGGCCUGGCCGCCGAGAACCGGCAGCUGCGGGACCGCAACCGCGGCCUCAACCGCCGCCUGCGGGAGCUGGAGCGGGAGAGCGGCUACCUGCGGGCCGUGCUGGCCAACCAGAGCGCGCUGGGGCAGCUCCUGAGCCGCCUGGCCGGGACGCGGGCCGGCGGGCUGCGCCUGGGCACCAGCCUCUUCAGGGACGGCCGCCGCCAGCAGCAGCACCAGCAGCAGCAGCCGCCCGGCCGGCCCGGCGGCGAUAGCGGCGACCACGACUACGCGCUGCCCAACGCGCGGCCGCCCGGCCCCGAACAGCCGCCGGGCGCGGAGCCCGAGGAGCGUUGGGCGGCUCCCGGCGGGAUCUGCCUGCACGUGGAGCGGGAUCAGGUGUCGGUGGAGUUCUGCUCCAUCUGCGCUCGGCGAGCGGCCGCCUGCUUCAAAACGUAGGGUCGGCUACCCGCCGCAAGUACCUCCUCGCGGAGAAGGGGAAGCUGUCGCCUUCGGGUGACGGAAUUCCGAACGACGGGUGAGCGCCUCGACCAAAGGCCGCGUCGACCCGGCGGCGGUGCGAGCCGGGGGCGGUGGUGACGCGGAGCUGCAGGCGGGGAACGGACGGUGCCGAUGCCGACCUGAGGCUGGACGGCGUGCGGCUGUCGGUAGAGAUAACGUUGACCCGGCCGGGUUUGUGUCAGCCCGCUUAUCCCAGCUGAAAAUGCUCGCUUAGAAAACCGAAACCUUCAUUAAGACGUCGUCGUCGGACGGCAAGUAGUAACGAUCGGCAAAAGAAAGCAUGCGUAUAAAAUUGUGCUGCCUCUUGGUUAUACGUUACUAUUAAAACCUCUCUGACAGUUUCUCUUUUAGGUGCUUGCCCUGCCAGGCUCCGUUGUGUAGGGGUUAAAGAGCAGUCGUUUCCCACCUCGCAACCUGUGGAUUCAGCUGUGUUGGGGCAGAAGAGACGGGACCAGCUGCUGGCCACAUUUCCUGCUUUAUUUUAAAAGGUAGUAUAAGAAAUGAGAAUAAAGAGGUAACAGGGCUUUUGCUGUCUUUGUUUAAACAAACAAAAAAAGGUUGAAUGCUGGGAUUCAUUAACUGUCAUCCAGGAUGUUUUUUAGAAGACAGUAUCCUAUCAAGCAGUGUUUUCAGAAUUCCAUCUGUUCAGGGUGUGCUGCCAGCACAAGAGAAACUUAAGACAUGCAUUACUGCAGUGGCAUUGGCAGGACUGUUCCAAGGUUCAGUCUUCAGCUGUGUGCUCUGCUGUAGGUGGUGGGUUAUGCCAGGACCUUCUCAAGAUGUGUGCUGACUGAUACACAAAAUGGAAAUGAGUGAGUUAGAUUGAGCCUAGGUUGAAUCUGCCUGGCUCAGGCUUCACAACCAUGCUUCAGUUUGAAUUUUAGUAUGCAUGAGGAGAAGGGAAACACUAAUGCAGCAAGUGUAGGAUGUUACAGUGGCAUUUCUACAGUCACUUCAGUGCAGAAGUUUAUUUUAAGUUAAAUAUGCAUUAUUUCAUUUUGCAUCACUGCAAAGCGGUAGGAGUCAGAGAUCUCUGUUAUGAAGCUGCACAUCACUCCAACAAUGAAACCCACCCCUGAGCUGUGUCUGAGAGUAGCUGAUGUUCUGGUACACACAGUGACAUAGACCUGUACAAGAACAAGGUCAAGUCCCAGAAAGUAAGUGUCUGCAGGCAUAUCUAGUGCCUACUGAAUCAUAUUUAAACCAAAUAGAGGGGAGGAGCUUAUUUGAAACUAACCAACUGUACCAUCUGUAUGGUGUAUUAAUGUAGCUUUUUGAAGUGGAAGCCUUGAAAUGACUUUAACUUAAUACUUGAAAAUAUAUUGUAAAUGUUUCUUUGUAAUGACGUGCCAUCCAGAUGAGAAUACGAUAUCGUAAUAAAAUCAGACCUGUUGAUCUU